CUGUCCACAGGAGGCAAAAUGUCACUAAGUAUGAGGUUUGUUCGAGGUUUUAGAAGUUCUGCAAUUUGGCGCAAUACAGCACAAUCUUCAAGAGCAGAUUGGUUAAACAGAACUCAGCGUUUCAAUAACACAGUUCAAGAAAUAGUCGCCAAUGUAAUGGCUAACGGCGAAGUUGCUAAAACACCAUCAUUAGCCAAACGAUUAGUUAAGUUAAUGGAGUACGAUACAUUAUUAAGAGUGCCUCUACAAGGCCACAUGACGAUGAUGGCCUACGAAGUUUUGGAGAAUCCAAUCAACCUUACCGAGCAGAAUUUAUAUAAAGCGCAAGUUGUGGCGUGCGCUAUGGAAUUGACACAAUCACAUUUUUUAAUAAUGGAUGACUUCGAGGAUCAAUCAAAGACACGGCACGGACGAACUUGUUGGCAUUUGUUACCUGAAGUGAAGAAUUUAGUAAUUAACGAUGCCACCAUGUUCCGAAGUCUUAUAAACGACAUACUGAGAACUCAUUUGGAAGAUCGACUUUACAUCAAAAUGAUAGAUAUAUUCAACAAGAUGAAUUUAUUUAUCGCGAUUGGCCAGCACUUGGACACUAUGAUUCCUAUAACAAAAGAUUUUUCAUUGUUCACUCAAGAGACUUAUGAUAAAAUAAUAAGAUAUAAAUGCACAUUCUAUUGUUUGGAAGUUCCAAUAAUGUUAGCUUUAGUUCUAUGCCAAAAGGACAGUGAGGCAACUUUUAAACGUGUGUCCGAUAUCGUCCGUGACGUUGGUGCCUUGUACCAAAUGAUGAAUGAUUUCACGGAAUUCGGUGACGGAGAGACUAUAUCUGAUAAGACCGGUACUGACAUACAAGCAGGGAAGUGCUCAUAUUUCGCCGUGAAGGCAUUGGAACGCGCUACACCUGAGCAGAAGGAAAUAUUCAAAGCCUCAUACGGCAGCUGGGACCCCGAAGACGUUAAACGGAUAAAAAAUCUAUACAAGGAAUUAGAUUUAAUAUCCCUUUAUAAGGCACAACAUAAUUUAAAAUACAACCGGUUUUUGAAAAAUGUUAAUGAACUACAAUCAGACGAUGUCCUGACACCAGAAUUGUUCCUUAAAUUGAUGGAGGCUUCACAACUAAACAAAUGGAAUAUAUACUAGCCCACGAAAGUAGGCAGCACUUUUUAAUAAUACUAAAUAGUUUUUUAAAUCCAAUGCUCAAUCGAUCUGU